UCCGCCACUGUUUCAUACAGUUAUCCACGUCAACAUUUUCUCUCGCCGGAGUUUUGGACCGCCACGGCAUUCACUCUAGUCCACAAAUUUCCCAUUUUUUCUGGGUAACUAAUAUUAUCCUUCAAUUUCCACGUCUAUUCUUAAUUUGCUUUGAAUUUCAUAUAAUUUGUUUAUUUUCAGAUACAUAUAACCUGAAAGAAAUGAGCGUUGUUUUGAAUUUACUUUUCAUAAAUUUCAGAAAAUUAUGAAAUUGAAAGAAGAACUGGAGCUAAAUUACUGUAAUUUUGAUUUGUAAUUGUGUUUUUUCAUGAUGGGUUUUGAAUUUAAUUCCUGAAUUAUUGUUAAAAAUGCAAACUUUAAGUGUUUGGCCUUUGAGAGGGGAAUUAUUGGAAAUACCCCAGCUUGAAUUUCAGCUGGGUGUUGCUUCUUUUGGGUGUAUAAGAAGUAGAAUUAGAAGGAAAAAUUUGGGCAGAAUUGAUUCAAUUGUUCAUCUGAGGAGGUCUUCUAAGCAUAGUAGGUCAGAUUUUGAUGAUAUAGGUGUUAGGGUUUUCUUUAAGUGUGAUAAAAUUAAACUGUUUCUUUCGGGUGAAUCGAGAAGUUCAGCCGGGCUGUGCUUUCCGGUGGGGUGGGCUUUAGAGGAACAAGCCAUUGGCUAUAGUGUUAUUGAUGAGGAUUUGGAGGAAAUUGAUGAAUUGAAGGAAACGCGGUUAGAAAGUGAUGAUGGUGGGUUGUGUUUGAGUAAGAGUACAAGAAGUGGUGAUGAUGUUGGAGGAGAAAUUAGAGGUGGAGGAGAAGUAGAGGAAGUAAAAAUGGAUAGACGAGUUGAUGUCCGUGGGCUUGCACAAUGUUUGCUGCAUGCACAAUCAGUAGAGGAUGUGGAAGAGAUCAUGAAAGAUGAAGAUAAAGUGCCUCUUCAGGUUUUUUCUUCCAUUAUAAGUGGCUUUGGCCGGGAAAAGAGACUUGAACCUGCAAUGGCUGUUGUUGAUUGGCUUAAAGAGAAGUGUGAAGAGGGUGAGGAUGCUUAUUGUCCUAACCUUUACAUAUAUAAUAGCCUGCUAAGUGUUGUUAAACAGUCUGGAGAGCUUGAUAAAGUUGACAUGGUGCUGAGUGAGAUGGAUGAAGUUGGCAUUUCUCGGAAUGUCGUGACUUAUAAUACUUUGAUGGGCAUAUAUGUGGAAGAAGGGCGAACAGCUGAGGCACUAAAUCUCUUUGAGGAUAUUAAAUGCAAGGGACUAUCUCCAUCUCCUCCAUCAUAUUCUACAGCCUUGUUAGCUUAUCGAAGAAUGGAAGAUGGGAUUGGUGCGUUAAACUUUUUUAUUGCUCUGAAAGAGAAAUAUAUGAGUGGAGAGCUCAAGAUAGAUGGCCAUAUUGACUGGCAUUAUGAGUAUCUUAAGCUUAAGAACUUCACCAGUCGCAUAUGCUACCAAAUUAUGCGGCGAUGGCUUGUUAAGGAUGGAAAUUUUACCACAAAUGUCUUGAAAUUACUUAUAGAAAUGGACAAGGCUGCACUUCCACCAACACGUGAAGAGUAUGAGCGACUUGUUUGGGCUUGUACACGUGAAGAGCAUUAUACAGUUGCCAAAGAGCUAUAUAAUAGAAUAAGGGAAAAUCACUCUGAUAUAAGUUUAUCAGUAUGCAAUCAUAUCAUCUGGUUGAUGGGCAAAGCUAAGAAAUGGUGGGCUGCUUUGGAAAUUUAUGAAGAUAUGCUAGAUAAGGGGCCGAAACCAAAUAACAUGGCAUAUGAGCUGAUUGUAUCUCACUUUAAUGUCUUGCUUAGUGCUGCUAGGAAGAGAGGAAUCUGGAGAUGGGGGUUAAAGUUGCUGGACAAGAUGGAAGCUAAAGGUUUGAAACCAAGAAGUAGGGAAUGGAAUGCUGUUCUUAUAGCUUGUUCUAAAGCUUCGGAAGCUACUGCAGCUGUGGAUAUAUUCAAGAGAAUGAUAGAGAAAGGUGAAAAGCCAACUGUAAUUUCGUAUGGAGCAUUACUUAGUGCUCUUGAAAAAGGAAAAUUAUAUGACGAGGCUGUACGGGUGUGGGAACAUAUGCGUAAAAUUGGCGUUGAACCCAACUUAUAUGCUUACACAAUUAUGGCUUCAGUUUAUGUUGGUCUUGGAAAAUUUAAUCUUGUUGACUAUAUCAUUCAAGAAAUGGUUUCAACAGGUAUCAACCCAACUGUUGUUACUUUCAAUGCAAUUAUUAGUGUAUGUACAAAGAAUGGUCUGGCUGGUGCUGCUUACGAGUGGUUUCAACGCAUGAGGAGUAUGAGCAUUGACCCAAAUGAGAUCACAUAUGAUACGUUGAUCGAGGCUCUUGCAAAUGAUGGCAAGCCUAGGUUAGCGUAUGACUUAUAUUUGAGUGCGUUAAAUGAGGAUCUGAAGCCCUCUUCAAAGGCGUAUGAUGCCAUAUUACAAUCUUCAAGAACAUUUGGUGCUACUAUCGAUAUUAGUGCUCUAGGACCUAGGCCACCUGAGAAGAAGAAAAAGGUGCCAACCAAAAAGAACCACUCAGAGUCCGGUACAGUGAUUGAUCUUCAUAGCCAGAGUAAUACGUUUGUUGGAGAGGAGACUCGUGCACAAGAAGCAGCAAAAUACCUGUAAAGUAUCUCAAAUUAGUGCAUUUAUGUACUACAUGUAUAUCAAAUUGUGCAUUCUCUGAUUAACAUACUGAAGGAGUUUCCUUCUCUGGUAUAUUCUGUGACACAUGACAUUUUUUGCCAAGUAAUGGAAAAUUGUAUAUGCUGGGAAAACUUCUGAUGUGAAUUCUUAUUUCCAUGUUUUUUUUUUCA